AUGACGCAUAUAUAUUGGGAAUCUCCAAAAAAUGUAUAUUCAGGUGCUGUGAAAGGUGCAGGGAUUAUUAUCAAUGGCACUCCUGGAAUAGGAAAAUCGUUUUUUGCAGUCUAUUUACUAUACCAAGCAAGAUGGCAUCCCAGUUAUAUAUCAACAACCAAAUGUUAUGUACUAGAUGGUGAUAAAUAUUACAGCUAUAAUGGAACAGUAUCAGAUGUUGCCUUGGAAAUGAAAGACAGGUCCUUGAUUUGGUACAUUGUAGAUGGAAAAGUGCUAGAACAUAUGCGUGUGUUUUGGAAUAUUGUUACAAUACUUGUUUGCUCUCCUGCUCGAGAGUACUAUAAAGAAUUGGAAAAAGAAGGUAUUCUUAUGUAUAUGCCAUUGUGGGAUGUUGAUGAACUUGAGAAGGGGUUCUAUUGCACACUUGGACCUUCUGAUAAUAUUGAGUUGAUUAACCGACUUUUUAGGGAACAAUUAGGAAAAAAAUUAACUAAGGAAC